ACCUUUUUUACUCAUUUGAACCUCAGGCUUGACAUCAUGUACGUUUUUCUGUUUGUAUGUUUUUUUGUAAAAUAUGUUUUUUUAAAUAAACAUUCCUGAUAUCACAUUAAUUCUUCUUCAAAACAAUAAAGGGAAGAACAUUUCUCCUACACUCUCAUCUAGUUUUCACAAACCUUUCUAACUCUAUAGGGCUCAAACCUCAUUAUCUAGAACAGUUCCCUAAACAACCAUAACCAAUAUUAAAAUAACACAGGGAACUACUUAGUGACAUUGUUUAACUUUACAUUUGCAUUGUGAUGAACAGUAAUGCUCGGAUGUUGCUUAAAUUGCUUUGAAAAAGUGCAAUGUUGAACCAAGUUCAUUUUGAUCGUGAAGUCCAGGGCUAGUGAUACAUUGAUUAACAGUUAGGAACAACAAUCUGUUUGAGCACAAGCUAUGGGGUUGAUAGUAAUAACGCUGUCAAAUACAAAAACACACGGACGACAGAAGAAAGAUGAAGGAAGAAGAUAGGAAGGGGGGCGGGUAUUUUAGCUAACCUAACAUAUCAUUUCAGGAAACUCAGCUGUGAUCAAUAUCAACGCACAGAUAAAAACAAGUUACAGAAGUAGUGCAGAGAAUAUUCUCACUGAAGAUUUCAGCAUCCAAGAUCAUCACAAUGAGGAGCUUUCUGCUGUUCCUCUCGCUCAUUACAGGCUGUGAGGCCUCUAAUGUGUGGGGAUGCAUUGAUGGAUGGGUUGAUUUCACCUUGGAUUACCCUAAACCAAAUGAAACAUAUUCAAGUAUUGAUGUAGUUAGAGGUGGAAAAACAAUCAUUCAAAUCACUCAGAAUGACACGUGGGAAAACAAAGAACGCUUUUCCGUGUACCAUGAUGCAAAAAAUAAAAGUCUCAGCGUGGGCAUCAAACCGAUUACACGGGAUCACUAUGGGUGGUACAAGUUUAAAUUUAAACCUGACCGAAAAUCUCACUCCAAUGAAGCAGUUAAUUUGAUAGUUGAUCCCGACUGCAACACACCAUUAAAUCAAACUGCGUACAGAACAGCUCAAACCACCAUCCAAUGUAGAAAGACAGAGAUCACUCCAGACUCCAGGUUCAAGUUUUUCUGCAAAGAGAACGGUUCAAUCUGUGAAGAUAUUUUAUCAACAAAAUCAGCUCUGAGGUCAAACGGGACGUUCACUCUCACAGAAACAGAGAGUCGCUUCAUUGUGUCGAUCAGUAAUGUGUCCACUCAGCACGGAGUCUACUGGUGUGGAGUGGAAUCAACUGAAGGAAGUUACAGAGCUGCUCUCAGGAAAAUACGGCUGGAGGUGGAAGAUGGCCCUCCUAUCGUCAUCAUCUGCGUAGCCGCUCUGCUGCUGCUGCUGUUUGUGAUCAUUUUGAUCCUGAUCUACAAACGAUAUUCCAAAUCCAAGAGAAAUGCCGCAGCAGAACAGCACGUCACACAGGAUUAUAUCUACGAGGAGAUACAGGAUCGCCCCCAGAAGCCAGACUCAGGACAUUCAUCAACCACGAUUUAUUCCACUGCCAACUUUCCCACAAACCCCUCUGCCUCGCUGCGUUACUCUACCAUCUACUUUAGAAACGGCUCUGGUGAAGCUGCUGAGGUACUGAUGACCAAUCCCAGCUCCUCUGCAUGUGAUUAUUCUGCUGUGAAGGACGGAGAGAUACCAACCUACUCUAAUGUGAACCAGCCCUCUCCAGAGGAUCCUCUCUACUCUAACGUCAACAAGACACAGCAGCAAUGAGGAAAGACCAGGCAGGGAAUUAUAAUAUCUACUAAAUGUAUGCCCAUCAUUUCAGCUCAUUCAUUUUUGAUGUUAUUUACAGUGAGAUCCAGAUCAGACUUCAGGAAUUACACACAGACAUUAGGAUGUUGGGACCUGAAUCCUGACAUUCACUCAAUUUUAUUGUUGGAAAUCGUGAAGAAUGGACUGGAAAAUUAUUUGAAAGAGGUUUUUGAAUUCACUUUUGUAAGCAGAUACAUCAUUAGGCAACUUAUAUUUCAUGUCAGACGUAUUGAUACUGUGUCAGAACAGCAGAUGUAAUUGUUACAGUAGGGAAGACUGAAAGUGUAAAAUCUCAAAUGCACAUAAGAGAACUAACUUGUGAAAGUACAAGCUGCCACUUAUAGUCAACCAAACGUUAUUCAAAUAAAAAAGCCUUAAGCUGCAUUCAAAUGAUGCUCGAUUUGCUUCUUGCUGAACACAAGGUUGGACACAGAGCCUCUUGGUGAAAACAGCUAGUUAAGUUUUGUUUCUAUAUAGCUACUUCCCCACUUAAUAUAGCGGUCGUCUGAUCGGUUGUGCAUCGAAAGGUCAGCAGUAAACGUUGUCGAGGUUUAAAUAAUCUUUACUUUGAUCACAGCGCCUUGCUUUAUAGAAACACAACGGCAACUUGCUUUUAUAUUGAUAAUAAAAAAGGUAUACCUUUGAAUCGAGUGGUCUUAAUUAUCCUACAGUUGAUAUUGCAGAUGUGUAUAUGGCACCAAACAAUAGUUACAAAGUGCUUUACUGAGAGAAGCUAAAAUAAAUUAAUAGAACACAAAAUGUAUAAAAAAGCAGAAGUUUCUGACAGCUCUAGAUUUGCUCCUUGGAGACUUUAUAGGUGCUUUUCAAAGAGCUACAUUAGUAAAGUGACCUUUUUUACUCAUUUGAUCCUCAGGCCUGACAUCAUGUACGUUUUUCUGUUUGUAUGUUUUUUUGUGAAAGAAGUUUUUUUAAAUUUUAAAUUCUUCUUCAAAACAAUAAAGGGAAGAACAUUUCUCCUACACUCUCAUCUAGUUUUCACAAACCUUUCUAACUCUAUAGGGGUCAAACCUCAUUAUCUAGAACAGUUCCCUAAACAACCAUAACCAAUAUUAAAAUAACACAGGGAACUACUUAGUGACAUUGUUUAACUUUACAUUUGCAUUGUGAUGAACAGUAAUGCUCGGAUGUUGCUUAAAUUGCUUUGAAAAAGUGCAAUGUUGAACCAAGUUCAUUUUGAUCGUGAAGUCCAGGGCUAGUGAUACAUUGAUUAACAGUUAGGAACAACAAUCUGUUUGAGCACAAGCUAUGGGGUUGAUAGUAAUAACGCUGUCAAAUACAAAAACACACGGACGACAGAAGAAAGAUGAAGGAAGAAGAUAGGAAGGGGGGCGGGUAUUUUAGCUAACCUAACAUAUCAUUUCAGGAAACUCAGCUGUGAUCAAUAUCAACGCACAGAUAAAAACAAGUUACAGAAGUAGUGCAGAGAAUAUUCUCACUGAAGAUUUCAGCAUCCAAGAUCAUCACAAUGAGGAGCUUUCUGCUGUUCCUCUCGCUCAUUAUAUGACUUCUGUCUGAAUCCUGAUAUCAGAGACUUUCUGAUUCUCAUUGAGAGUAUUUAAAUGAACAAAUCAGUUCCAAAUAACCUAUCAUUAAAGGCUUUGACGUAUUUCAUGUAAAUCUGCAGCUAUCAGAGCCGAUUUUGUGAUAUCUUGUUUUUUUUAGUUUUCGUCCUAUUGCCCGGUCCGAUUGUUUUGUUGUUAAACUGU